AUGGAAACGUAUGCAAUUGUACUAAUUGUGUUGGGGUCCGUCGCGGCCGCAAUUAUAGUCUUGUGUUGCUUAUGCAAUUCUGGCCGGAAAAAGAAGCGGCGCGGCCCCGUGACCGCCCCUCGUCCGCCUCCUCAGCCGGUUUACCGAGACGUCGAGAGAGGAGAUAAAGCGGCAAGCAGUGGAGCCAAGGAUGGUGGCAUGGUAGUUCUUGGAGCAGGCGCGGCUGCUGUUGCUGCAGUCGCCACAGCCGCUGUUGUCACCGGCGGUGGGGGUUGCGGCGGAGUUGACUCCGGAGGUGGCGAUGAUGGCGGUGGCGGAGAUGGUGGCGGUGGAUGUGGAGGAGGGUGUGGAGGCUGCGGUGGCUGUGGAGAUAAGCAGCCCACCACUCGUCCGCCUCCUCCUCGGCCGGUGUAUCGCGACGUCGAGAGAGGAGAUAAGGUGGGAAGCAGUGGAGCCCGAGCCAAGGAUGGUGGGAUGAUGGCCCUUGGAGCAGGGGCGGCCGCCGUCGCCACAGGAGCUGCUGUAACUGGCGGAGGGGGCUGCGGCGGCGGUGGCUGUGGAGGAGGAGCCAAGGAUGGUGUACCACCACCGCGACGUCAAGAAAAAUGGAUAUAUAAGAAGUCCGCUGGUCGUCCAUCUCCUACUCAGCCGGUGGAUCGCGACGGCAAGGGAGGGGAUGAUUUCAAAAGCAGUGGAGCCAAGAAUGAUGGUGGCCCCAUGAUGGAUGGCCUUGGAGCAGGGCCAACUGCUGAUGCCCCCGACCCCACAGACUCUACUGUCAGUGGCGGAGGGGGCUGCGGUGGCGGUGGCGUUGACUGCGGAGGCGGCGGUGGCUUUGGAGGAGGAGGAGGUGGUGGCUUUGGAGGAGGAGGCGGUGGUGGCUUUGGAGGAGGAGGUGACUAUUAA